CGGGCCGCAGCGGGGCCGCCAUGGAGCGCUCCCUGCACCGCGUCUCCCUCGGGAGCCGGCGUGCCCACCCGGACUCGUCCUUCUACCUCACCACCUUUGGUCAGCUGAAGCUGUCAAUCGAUGCCCAGGACCGGGUUCUGCUGCUCCACAUUAUAGAAGGCAAAGGCCUGAUGAGCAGAGAGCCUGGCAUCUGUGAUCCCUACGUGAAGAUUUCUUUGAUCCCUGAAGAUAAUCGACUACGUCGCCAGAAGACGCAGACCAUCCCAGACUGCAGAGAGCCGGUCUUCCGUGAGCACUUCUUUUUUCUCAUCCAAGAGGAAGAUGAACAGAAGCGCCUUCUGGUCACUGUGUGGAAUAGGGCGGGUGACUCCAGACAGCGUGGACUCAUUGGCUGCAUGAGCUUUGGGGUGAAGUCCCUCCUGACUCCGGACAAGGAAAUCAGCGGCUGGUACUACCUUCUGGGGGAACACCUGGGCCGGACCAAGCACCUGAAGGUGGCCAGGCGGCGGCUGCGGGCCCUGAGAGACCCGCUGCUGAGAACGCCAGGAGGUGGGGACACUGAGAAUGGGGAGGAAUUCAAGAUCACCAUCCCGAGGGGGAAGGAUGGCUUUGGCUUCACCAUCUGCUGUGACUCUCCGGUUCGAGUCCAGGCUGUGGAUUCUGGAGGUCCGGCCGAGCGGGCAGGGCUGCAGCAGCUGGACACGGUGCUGCAGCUGAAUGAGAGGCCCGUGGAGCACUGGAAAUGCGUGGAGCUGGCCCAUGAGAUCCGGAACUGCUCCAGUGAGAUCAUCCUGCUCGUGUGGCGCAUGGUCCCCCAGGUCAAGCCGGGGCCAGACGGCGGGGUCCUGCGGCGGGCCUCCUGCAAGUCGACGCACGACCUCCAGUCCCCCCCCAAUAAGCGGGAGAAGAACUGCACCCACGGGGCCCAGGCGCGGCCUGAACAGCGCCACAGCUGCCACCUGGUGUGCGACAGUUCCGACGGGCUGCUCCUCGGGGGCUGGGAGCGCUAUACAGAGGUGGCCAAGCGCGGGGGCCAGCACACCCUGCCCGCGCUGUCCCGCGCCACCACCUCCACUGACCCCAACUACAUCAUCCUGGCCCCACUGAACCCUGGGAGCCAGCUGCUGCGGCCUGUGUACCAGGAGGAUGCCAUCCCCGAAGAACCAGGUAGUCCCAGUAAAGGGAAGUCCUACGCAGGCCUGGGGAAGAAGUCCCGGCUGAUGAAGACAGUGCAGACCAUGAAGGGCCACGGCAACUACCAGAACUGCCCGGUCAUGAGGCCGCACACCCCACACUCAAGCUAUGGCACCUACGUCACCCUGGCCCCCAAGGUCCUGGUGUUCCCGGUCUUUGUUCAGCCUUUAGAUCUCUGUAACCCUGCCCGGACUCUCCUGUUGUCUGAGGAGCUGCGGCUGUACGAGGGGAGGAACAAGGCUGUCGAGGUGACGCUCUUUGCCUACUCGGACCUGCUGCUCUUCACCAAGGAGGAUGAGCCGGGCCGCUGCAACGUCCUGAGGAACCCCCUCUACCUCCAGAGUGUGAAGCUACAGGAAGGUUCUUCAGAAGACCUGAAAUUCUGUGUGCUGUAUCUAGCAGAGAAGGCAGAGUGCUUAUUCACUUUGGAAGCGCACUCGCAGGAGCAGAAGAAGAGAGUGUGCUGGUGCCUGUCGGAGAACAUCGCUAAGCAGCAACAGCUGAUGGCUUCGCCCCCGGAGAGCAAGAUGUUUGAGCCAGAGGCAGAUGAGAAGCGAGAGAUGCCCUUGGAGGAAGGGAAGGGGCUGGGUGCUGAGGACCCCCCACCCAGCAAGGACCCCUCUCCAGGCCAGGAGCCUCCUUCAGGACAAGACUUGUCACCCAACAAGGACCCCUCUCCUGGCCAGGAAGCUUCUCCUGGCCAAGAGUCACCGUCCAGCAAAGACUCACCUUCCUGCAAGGAACCUCCUCCAGGCCCAGAGCCCCAGCCAAACAAGGACUCCCCACCAUGCCAGGAACCCCCUGCAGCCCCGGCCCUCCCUCCCUGCCAGGAACUUCCUCCUAGGCAAGAGCCCCCUCCCAGCCAAGACCUCCCUGUCAUCCAGGACACCCCUGCUCAGGAGCUUGCGCCCUGUCAAGACCUGCCCCCCGGCCAGGUCCCCCAGCCAGCUAAGGAGACUGGAAGCUCUGGGGACCCCCCAGCAGCCACCAGGGACCUGCCUGUGGCCUCCAGGCCAACCUUUGUGAUCCCUGAGGUCCGGCUGGACAGUGCUUACAGCCAGAAGGCCGGGGCAGAGGGGGGCAGCCUGGCCGAUGAGGAGGACGAGGAAGAGGCUGAGGAGGGCGAGGAGGGAGAGGAAGAAGAGGAGGAGGACACGAGUGAUGACAACUAUGGAGAGCGCCGUGAGGCCAAGCGCAGCAGCAUGAUCGAGGCGGGCCAGGCUGAGGGCGGCCUCUCCCUACGGGUGCAGAACUCCCUGCGGCGGCGGACACACAGCGAGGGAAGCCUGCUGCAGGAAGCCCGCGGGCCCUGCUUUGCCUCCGACACCACCUUGCACUGCUCGGACGGGGAGGGCACCACGUCCGCCUGGGCCAUGCCUUCGCCCCGCACCCUCAAGAAGGAACUGGGCCGCAACGGUGGCUCCAUGCACCACCUUUCCCUCUUUUUCACGGGACACCGGAAGAUGAGUGGGGCUGACACGGCUGGGGAUGAUGAUGAAGCCUCUCAGAAGAGAAAGAGCAAAAACCUAGCCAAGGACAUGAAGAACAAGCUGGGCAUCUUCAGGCGGAGGAACGAGUCCCCCGGGGCCCAACCAGCGUGCAAGGCAGACAAAAUGGUGAAGUCAUUCAAGCCCACCUCAGAGGAAGCCCUCAAGUGGGGCGAGUCCUUGGAGAAGCUGCUGCUUCACAAAUAUGGCUUAGCAGUGUUCCAGGCCUUCCUUCGCACCGAGUUUAGUGAGGAGAACCUGGAAUUCUGGCUGGCAUGUGAGGACUUCAAGAAGGUCAAGUCACAGUCCAAGAUGGCGGCCAAGGCCAAGAAGAUCUUCGCUGAGUACAUUGCGAUCCAGGCGUGCAAGGAGGUCAACCUGGACUCCUACACACGGGAGCACACCAAGGACAACCUGCAGAGCGUCACCCGCGGCUGCUUCGAUCUGGCGCAGAAGCGCAUCUUCGGGCUCAUGGAAAAGGACUCCUAUCCACGCUUCCUCCGCUCUGACCUCUACCUGGACCUCAUUAACCAGAAGAAGAUGAGUCCCCCGCUUUAGGGGCUGACAGGGUAGAGCUCCGUGUUCACACCAGGCGGGCUGGGCCCCCUUCCCACCUGCCUCUCUCCCUCUGCGACGGAGGGGGCAAGCAAGCCCCCGGAGGCUGCGUCUCCGGACAGACAGACGGACAUUCGGAUGAGAGGCCUGGACCAAGGGAGGCCCAGGCCACUGGAGGAGUAGAAGGAUUGGCCCCGUUGGGUCCACACUGCCCCGGUACGAGGGGGCCUGAGGGCCCUGGCAGGUCAGGGGCCCUGGCUGAGCCAGAUCCGGAGCUGCUGUUCCGUGCUGCGUGGGCUCAGCAUUGACCAAGUUCCUGAAAGAACUGGCUGAUGGGGCAGGGGGCCUAGCUGUGGGCUCCAGAGCUCUCCAGGGGGGCCGCUGGGACUCGCAGCUCAGACCCCGUGCCUUGAGUUUUAUUUAUUUAAACAGUAGUCGGAUGCUUGGCACGCUGUCCUGUAAUAGGAAAUUUUUGCCUCAUCGGUUUUCCUAAUUUACAAGUGCAAUAUUUUAACCAACGCCUUGUGAAAAAGCCACCUCACCGAGAGGGUGGACACCACUUCCCAGUUUCAGGGGAUUUGCUGGUCCCAGGCACCGUGGCAGGCAGCUGGGCCUUCCAGACUGAUGAGGCCUGGAGGGGCGGGUGCUGCCGUGUGACCUCGCACAGGAAUCCCGCACUCCCCAAGGGAGGUGUCCCUCAGGGGCUCUGGGAGAGCAUGGCACCCUCAGACCACACAGCAGCCGAGUUCUGGAACAAAUAAAAGGCCUGUGUUA